AUGGUCGGAAUGGGAGUGGGGUUCAAUGUGGUAGAGUUGAUAUCGUGCUGGUUUCUCAGAAAUCCAGACCAGUGGGGUCGCAAGAAAACUAUAUGGGGUUGCGCAUUGGAUCCCCAGCGAAAAGGAAAUGGAAAGGUCGGCCCCAUGGGCCUUAGGGAAUCAGGGUGGGCCAUAGCCAAGGACUCUGGGCUCACUUGCGCCAUAAUCAUAAUCCCCAUCUUCAUGGCAUUCUCCAGGGCCAAAAUGGGCGAAGCCAAAGACUAUGCCACCACCUUCAUUAGCCGUGCCUUCCUGGCAUUGGCAAACACCCUCUGCACCAUCCUGGCAGCCAAUGAAAUAGAGGAAUGCGGUGAUGACCCCCUCCCAUGGGGCAUAAUGAUCAAAGGUCUGACCUACCAAGAUGCGGCGACCCUACUACACCACCAGCUUUGGUUCUCGAAAACCUUCAGCUUCUCGGCACACCCGGCAACCAACUUCACAUCUGACUGGCUUGGAAACUGGGACUUUGCUGCCACAGCCAAGGACACGUCCGCUGCCCUUGAAUGCCUAAAAGCCACCUUGAGCCACCCAGACACCACCAUAGGAAGAUACCUGGCAGAAAAGGUUCCGGACCAACUAGAACGACGUGCCAUCAUCGACUCCACUCGUGUCCAACCAACUAAUCUGUCCACUGGGCCUUCCUAG